ACGGUGGAGAUAAAAGAGAAGAAUUGAGAUGGGAGGGGCCACUUUGGUUUUGAAAAAACCUGCAUUCGUCAACUUUGACAGGCUGUAAUGAAACGUUCUUAUUGACCAAUUCUAGCAAACUGGCCCUCAACUCUCUGCAUAUCUAGCCUAUCCUGUCUUCUACGUUUAGUGACCCACAGAGAUCUCCAUUUGUAAUUCUCGUACUCACUUGUGAUCAUGGUGGCUUCCGAACUUUUUUCAUCUCUUGCGGCCCCUGUUUUUGCUGCUAUGCUGUUCAUUUUUUUCUUGAAGAGAAGAUCGAAGGAGAUCGAGGGAGGGGAGGCAAAUAACAAUGCAGCUGCAAACGAUGGAACAGCAGGAGGCGAUUCUGGCACUCACACUUCAACAGAAGUACCUGAAGUGGCUACUUCAUCAGGAACAAAUAAGGAUGCAGCUGCAAACGAUGGAACAGCAGGAGGCAAUUCUGGCACUCACACUUCAACAGAAGUACCUGAAAUGCCUACUUCAUCAGGAGCAAAUAAGGAUGCAGCUGCAAACGAUGGAACAGCAGGAGGCGAUUCUGGUACUCACACUUCAACAGAAGUACCUGAAAUGCCUCCUCCAUUAGGAUAUGACUAUGAAGUAUUCUUGAGCUUCAGAGGAUCAGAUACUCGAGCAGGUUUUACCGACCACCUUUACACUAGACUUAAAGAUGCAGGAAUCCGCACAUUUAAGGACGACGAAGAUCUCCGCAAAGGAGAAGAGUUUGCCCCUGAACUUCUCCAUGCAAUUAAGCAGUCGAAGAUCUUAAUCCCUAUCUUUUCGAAAGAUUAUGCCUCUAGUGUAUGGUGUCUCAAGGAGGUAGUCCAAAUGGUCGAGUGCAAGAAUAAUGGGGGACAAAAGAUCAUCCCUAUUUUUUAUGAUGUUGCGCCUGCAGAGGUUCGGCACCAAACUGGGGAUUAUGAAAAGGCCUUUCUUUCACAUGAAAGCAAGAAGCGAUAUGACCAAAAGACUAUCGGAGACUGGAGGGCUGCUCUCCGUGCAGUUGGGGAAAUAAACGGACACGACCUGCAAAGCAUGCCCAACAGGCGAGAAGGUAAGUUCGUGCAAACAUUCACGCAGAAGGUUUUCAAUGAGUUGAAAAAGGCUUCUCUGCCAGUAUCAGACUACUUGGUCAGUGACGAUAACCAAGUGGAUGAAAUCAUGAAAAUAAUAGGUGCUGGGACAAGUGAAACACAGAUUAUAGGAAUCCACGGGAUGGGUGGCAUCGGAAAGACGACUAUUGCCAAAAUCAUCUUCAAUAAGCUUUCACACAAUUUUGAGAAUUGUUGCUUUCUUAGUGAUAUUCGAGAAAUGUCAAAAAAAUAUGGCAUUCAACACUUGCAGAAUCAGCUCAUCUCUAAAAUCCUCAAAACCGAAUGCAUGGAUAUAAAAGACGUUGAUGAAGGAACUCAGACAAUUAAAGACAGGUUGUUGAAUAAACAAGUCCUCCUUCUUCUCGAUGAUGUGGAAGAACGGAAUCAUAUUAAAGCAUUUGUAGGCAAGCGUGAUUGGUUAGGCAAAGGGAGCAAAGUUAUUCUUACUACAAGAAACGAAGAUAUUCUUGAGAUUCCUGAAGUGAACUGCAAAUAUGAGCUUAGCUGUAUGGAUAACGAUCAAUCUCUUCGACUAUUUAGCAAACACGCCUUCAGAAGAGAUUCUCCUUUAGACGAGCAUAUCGACCAAUCCAAAAGGGCGAUAGACAUUGCUGGAGGUCUUCCGCUUACUCUUGAGGUGAUAGGUUCAUUAUUAUGUGGCACUAAAAAGGAAAAGUGGAAUCUCAUUUUGAAGAAGUUGGAAAAUGUUCCUCAUGCAACAGUUCGGAGUAAGUUAAAAAUAAGCUAUGAUGCAUUAGAUGUUCAGCAACAGCAUAUAUUCCUUGAUAUAGCUUGUUUUCUCAUUGGAUAUGACAAAGACAUUUUGAUUCAUUUCUGGGAUGAAUCUAAAUAUCCGGAAGAAGCCAUGCAAGUUUUGCAGAACAUGUCUUUGAUUAAGAUUAUAAAGGAUAAUGAAGUGUGGAUGCACGACCAACUCAGAGACCUUGGAAGAGAUAUUGUUCAUCAAAAAAGUGAGAUGAAAAUAGAGAAGCAAAGUAGGGUGUGGGAUCCUAAAGAAGCAUCAGAUUUGCUGAGGAUACGUAAGGGGAAAACAGAAGUUGAAGCUUUAUGUCUCAAGUUGGACAAUCAGUGGCAGUAUCGCUUUACCUAUAAGGGCUUUGAGAGCCUAUCAUAUUUAAGGUUCCUUGAAGUGGGCGGUUCGAUGGAAAAUUUCUGUGCAGAAGAGAGGCUUCUUUGGCACGAAUCGACAUCAAAUGUUCCUUCAGCUAAUGAGAAUUCAGAUCUCCUUCCACAAUUACGUUGGCUUUCUUGGCACGGUAUUCCCCCAACAUUUAAGAUUGCAAAUUUCUCCAUGGAGAAUGUGGCUAUUCUUGAUCUAUCUCGGAGUAAGAUUACGCAUGAUUGGCAGGGGUGGAGCCAGAUGGAGGUGAUGAAGAAUUUGAAAGUUCUGGAUCUGUCCUAUUGCCGACACUUGAAGAGAACCCCCAACUUCUCUGCCCAUUCAAAUUUAGACCGAUUGAUCUUAGAGGGUUGUGCAUCAUUGACCGAAAUUGAUAGAUCGAUUUGUCAGUUGAAACGCUUAGUUUCCUUAGAUGUAAGGAAUUGUGAGAAUCUUCAGAGUCUACCAGAUGAGCUAGGUGGAGAUCUUGCAAGCCUUAAAUACCUAUCUCUGAGUGGUUGCGAAUCGUUGGAGAGGCUUCCGGAUACGAUAGGAAAUUUGAAAUCGCUGAUUGAGCUGGACAUAUCCGAUUGCCAAUGCUUGAAGAGAACCCCCAACUUCUCUGCCCAUUCAAAUUUAGAACGAUUGAUCUUAUCGAGCUGUGAAUCAUUAACUGAAAUUGAUAGGUCGAUUUGUCAUUUGAAAAGCCUAGUUUCCUUAGAUGUAAGCGAUUGUGAGAAUCUUCAGAGGCUGCCAGACGAGAUGGGUGGAGAUCUUGCAAGCCUUGAAUACCUAUCUCUGUGUGGUUGCCGAUGGUUGGAGAGGCUUCCAGAUACUAUCGGGAAUUUGGAAUCGUUGAUUGAGUUGGAUAUAUCCUUCACACUGAUCAAAGAACUACCCGAUUCCAUCGGAAAAUUGAAAAAUUUGAAAGUAGUGAAGAUGGAGUAUAGUGACAUAAGCAAAAUACCCGAUGUCUUUUGGACGAUUGAGAAGCUCGAAGAAAUACAUGUGUCUGCUCGUGAGCGUUGCCAUGUGAAUAUUGGCAAUUGCAUCUCCAUAAAUCAAUCCUUGAGGAUCUUGAGAUUGGAGGAUGCGGAUAUAUGCGCGCUUCCACCGAGGCUUCCCGAAAGUCUCAUCGAUUUACAGCUGCGGGAGUUGUGCAUGGACACGUUUCCAGAUCUCUCAAACCUCACUAAUUUAAAGGAACUGGAUCUGGGAUUUAGCGGACAUGAUUAUGAUGGGAAAUCAUAUGGGCCCGUGGAAGAUCCGAUACCACGGCGGAUGGGGAACUUGAGCAAUCUGGAGUCUCUGGCCCUGUGCUUUGAUCGUGAGACCGCCUCACCAACAGACCUAAGCCUCCCUCCUCAACUCAAGUCACUCGUACUUUGGAGACCUAAACUGCGUCACCUCCCGAGGCUUCCCCCAAGUUUAUCCUCUUUACGUUUGGAAGAUUGCGACUCACUUUGCUCGAUGGAGGAUCUAUCGAAUUUGAAGAAUCUAUCAUCUCUCCGCAUUUCGGGCGCUGCAAUUGCAGAGGUUCCAGGCCUUGGUUGUCUGGAGGACCUAACAGAUAUGAAGCUUGAGAGGCUUGGACACGUGAAGAUACUACCUGAUCUAAGCAAUUUAAACAAACUGAUGAGUCUUUGUGUAUGGCGUUGUUCUAAUCUGGCUGAGAUUCAAGGCGAACUACCACAAUCUUUGGAAAUAUUAGAGAUUUAUUCCUGUGAAUCUUUACGGAAGUUGCUUGAUCUGUCGAGCUUGAAGGGGUUGCGAGAGGUUCGCAUAAGUUAUUGUUAUAGUCUGGCUGAGAUUCAAGGCGAACUACCACAAUCUUUGGAAAAAUUGAAGAUUCAUUACUGUAAAUCUUUACGGAAGUUGCCUGAUCUAUCGAGCUUGAAGGGACUGCGAAAGGUUGAAAUAGAGGGGUGCAAGAAAUUAGAUGUGGAGGGAGAUGAUGCCGAAUCUGAAUCUGAAGAUGAGGGAGAGGACGACGAAUCUGAAUCUGAGGGAGAUGAUGCCGAAUCUGAAUCUGAAGAUGAGGGAGAAGACGACGAAUCUGAAUCUCGGGGAGAAGACGAGGAAUAAGUACACGUUGCUCUUGAAAUCUUCUUGAUCCACGACCACAAAUUGUUCCCUCAUGUUCAAACUUUAAACAACUUGAGGGAGAAGUUAUAAAAUGAAGAAAGACGAAUUUCACUUGGGUAGCGGCAUCAGUAGUUUGCCCAGAAAAACUUCCAUCUGUGACAGGAUAGAGGAACUACUCAGCUUCUCCGAGGCAAUAGAAAUUGCUUAUCGGUACCCAAAUAUUCCUUUACGAGGAAACACUAGCAGGGCACGUUGAGAAAAAUUGUGUGCGCUUAAAGAGGUGUUCACAGCAGUCUUAGUUGCGCCUGCCAAAACCAAUUCAUGGACCUUUUGAUGUGAAAAUGGUGUUCAAGGUAGUCUUACUUAUGAGUAUGAUAGGCGCUCACAAAGCAGGAAACACGAAUUGUUGGAAUUCAAUUGAAUGGGCGGUGUCAUAAAGCCGACUCUCGCCAAAAUUACCUACAAUCAGUUUUCACAUGGUUUUGAGCACUGUUGCUUUGUUUCUAACAAUCAUGAUACUUCAGAGCUCAAGGGCAUUCAGUGCUUGUAGAAUCAACUCAUCUCCGGUGUCCAUAAAUGGAAAUUGACUAAAAUAAGUAAUGUUGAUGAAGGGAUCAAGACAAUUAAAGGUAGGCUAUCUAGUAAAAGAGUUCUCUUCCUUUUUGAUGAUGUUGACCAGACGAAACAAUUGAAUGCGCUCGGGGAAAUAUCUAUGAUGUUCAGGUAUUACUGAAUUCUUCAACGCUAAAUAUCAAGUGCUGAAGGAUCUCAAAAUUCUUAGUGCUUCACAAUGUUCAUUAUUGAAGAUAAUCUCUUCCAUUGGUCACUUGACAUCUCUAUCGAGGCUAUCUUUCAAAAGCACCAUAAUUACACAACUUCCCAUGUUGAUUGGAGCUCUUACAAUCCUUGAAUACUUGUCCUCAAAAGAAUGUGAAUGUAUAGAGAGGCUUCCAGACUCGAUUGGCAAUCUGCGAUCACUACUUGAGUUCGAUAUUUCCUAAGCGUGCAUUAAAGAGCUACCUGACUCAAUAGGAAACAUGAAAAGUUUGAAAGUAGUGAGGAUGAACAAUUGUUUUAUUGGAAAGAUACCUAGUGCCUUAUGGUUGUUGUAAAAGCUAGAAGAAACAGACGCAGCACAUGGUGAAAGCUUGCGACUGGAAAUUCCAAAUGACAUUUGCAAAAAUUCGUCUUUGAGGAUCCUAAAAUUGACACUGACUGAAACAUACCAAGUAC